CGUGCGCUUCGGACGUGCUUGUCAUUCUGUGCGUGGUGUUUUUAUCUCUCGGUGUAGUGAGUGACUGUCAGAAGUCUGGAAGGCAUCAAAUGAAAAGAGUGAAAAGCUGAAGCCCAAAUAAGAGAAGGAAGCAAUUUUGACCCAUCCAAAAUUUCCAUUUCUUGCCCAAGGGGAGGAAGUAAAUUGGCCUGUGUGGAGUGUUGAACUCGCUGCGGUAGAACACGGAGCAAGGCGAACAUUAAUAUCGACACGCAAGUGGGCUGCAGAAGCAGCUGCGGAAGAAGAAGAGGGGAAGCAGCAAUCAUGAGAAGUGAAGAGAAGAAAAAUCAAUCGCAGUUGUAGGAACGCGUUAAUGCACACGUAGAAGCCGCUGAAGAAAUGCUGGCACUGGGAAGAUACGAGAAAAAAGUGGGAAUGCCCUCAAAUUUUGGCAGGUCUCGAGUGCUGAUGGGCGGAAGUUCGUAAUUAUCGUUUUCCAGUGAGAGCGAGUGGUGGUGAAUUAAGAUUUCGAAAGCCAAUUUCGGAACGGAAGCUGGAAGAAAGCAAACCGCCCGAGAUUAAGUGCUUUCCCCUUGCUGCUGCUGUUGCUCGAAAGACACCGUGUGAGGGAAAGGAAGUUAACUGUAGAAGAUGCGCCCCUACUGACGUGAAUGAGUUACGGGGAUGACCGCAAGGAUUUACGAACGGACUCAUGUAAACAUUGAGCCGUGAGAAUAUCUCGUAAAAACAAAUUGGUGAAUAGAGUGCUGUUCGUGUUGGCCGUUUUUGGGCAGUAAAAGACUGGAAAGGAAGCCGAGAAUCGAGAACCGUAACGAACCGCAAAAAAGGAUUAUGAAAUAUUCAAUUUCCGAGUAGUUUUUCCCGGUGCUUCUGUGGUCGGCCAAUUGUUCUGGUCGCAAGUUCUCACGCAUAAAAACAUAGCCGUGUGUGUUUGGGUGUAUGUGUCCACGGAGUGGUGGACCGACCGGCUAUUAAACCGUGUGCGUCAGGAUCUCGCACCCGAGCCGCUUCCCGAACGUAUUACGUAAUAAAUUUUCGUAUAAAGCUCACACAUAACAAGGAUUAAAUUGGAUUUAUUACCAGUGAAUAAAAAAGAUAGAUUUAUGUACAAAAUUGAUUUUUUAUGAAUUUUCUCUGCCACGGUUUGUGCACUGGUGCGGGAGGUCUGGAUGCACGUGAGCUCCAGACCAGGUGAAGUAACGAGGGAAAACGGAUCAAAAUAAAGGCCUUCGCUGGGGUGGGUUAUCGUUUCAUCGAGGCAUUAUAAAUAGUAAUGUGAUAAUCAUAAUUGCAUUCAGCCGAUUGUGGAAGGAAAAGACCGAAGAAAAAUUGUUCCGUGAAAAAUCAAUUGACGGUGAAGUAGGUGGCAGACCGUCAGCCAGUCAGUGAGUGAGUGAAAGAAGAUCAAAACGACUAAGCAAAUGAGGUGGAAAAGCGAAAAUCACUUCAGUGUUCAUUAAAAGGAAAGAACCAGCCACUGUUGAAGUGAAUGUGCGCACCCAACUGUAACAGUGAAUAGUGAACAUAGCAAAGCACGACCCAAGGCACAAGACUUUCCAGUAGACGAACACGAAGCAAGAAGUCUAAAAUGGUGAAUUAGUUGCGACGAAGAAAAACACCCCUCGGAUUAAGUGUGAUUAAGAAGGUUGCUUCGAUAAACUGGAUCAUAAACCCCGUCGAAGAGCAGUCACCGAAGAGAAGAAGAAUCUGCCCCUACAAGACGGACACGCGUGUGCUCAUGUUGUUGUGCGUGCCGAUGUGCCCCACUGAACGGACCGAACGAUCAAAGGCGAAAAUUACAUAAUCCCCUCGGUAAUAAGCUUAAUAAUUUGUAAUCCUCGACGCGUUAAAAGGACGAAAAAGACCAACGGCAUUGUGCGCAAUUAUCCUGCUUCGGAUCUGAUAAUCUAGAUCGCGUGCCCCUCCCCUCAAUCUGGAGGCGAAAAAAUGCGAAACGAAAACAAGCUGUAGGCCGAAUAAAUCCAAAAAUCCCUUUUAUACGCUCAACGCCGGAGCCUAGAGAAGAAAGGAAACUCGCCUAAUUCCUUUGGAUAACUGCGAUAACGAAGGCCGGAGACCAUCAGCGCGUAAAGCAAACACAGAUGAAAGCCUUUGCUCUGCAGCAUCAUCGCCAUCAUCAUCAGCAGCAUCAUCGUCAACAGCAACGUCAUCGUUAGGCCACUGCUGUUUGUGCGGGGAACAGACAACCCAGAGCCUGAUAUGGUAGUGUCUCCUCUGCUACCACGCGAGCCCACAGCAGCAGCAGCAGCGAAUCGCGUGCUACUAGCAUUUGGUCCAUCCUGUCGGGUGUGAAUACCGACUCAUCAGCACAUCCAUCCCCGCUGACCGUGCCCGCGUUAACACACACAAACAACCUCGCAUGCACCCAUCAGUGACAUUGAAGAAGCAUAUCCCAGUGAUCUCUUCAUUCUACGAAAACGGAAGAGCUCAAUCUCAGGCUCACAUCAUGACCGAACAGCAACAACAACAACAACCCCAACAACAACAAGAACAAAAGCGACGGUGGCACAGUAGCAGCAGUAGUAGAACGGCACCGACUACGAUGCCAUUGGCGGGCAUCAUUAGUAUAGGCCGGACGAAAUCACGCUCUCAUCGAACGAAAACAUCAACAUCCUCAAUCUCGUCCAUCAUCUCGAACGGUGCUCUGGCGGUGGUGCUGAUUCUGAUAACCGCCUGCAUUGUCCGAACGGGUGCCGAACGCAGCUGUCCAACGAUGUGCCAAUGCAAGUGGAAAGGCGGCAAACAAGCGGUCGAGUGCAUCGAUAAGCAGAUGAUGCUCAUACCGGAUAACAUUGACCAUUCCACCCAGGUGCUCGAUAUGUCCGGUAACAAUCUCCAGAUACUGGCGAAGGACACCUUCACCAAGGCGAAUCUCCUCAAUCUGCAGAAGCUUUUCCUGCGCAACUGUCGCAUAGGGCAGAUCGACGACGGGGCCUUCGCCGGGUUGACCAAUCUCGUCGAAGUGGAUCUGUCGCUGAAUUUGCUCACGGCAGUUCCAUCGGCAGCGUUUCAGUACAUACCGUCGCUUAGAGAUCUCACGCUAGCUCGAAAUCACAUACAGAAGAUCGAAUCGCACGCUUUUCGGAACGUAACCAGCCUCACCAAGCUGGACCUUGCCUAUUGCGAGAUCCAAACCAUCGCACCGCAGGCAUUCGAGGGUCUCAGCUCGUUGCACUCGCUCAAACUGAAUGGCAAUCAGCUGUCCGAACUACGGCCUAAAACGAUCGAAACACUAAAUAAACUGCACGGGGUCGAACUGCAUGAGAACCCUUGGGUCUGUGACUGCCGGCUGCGGGCCGCCAAGGUUUGGCUAAUGGAUAACAAAAUUUCCUACACGAUUCCUCCCGUCUGUGCUGGGGGCCCGGAGCGAAUCAUAGGUAAAUCAUUCUACGAACUACAGGUGGAUGAUUUCGCCUGCAAACCGGAGAUGCUCCCGGUGCGGAGAUACAUCCAGGCAUACACCGGAGAGAAUGCAAGCAUUGAGUGUAGAACCAGUGCCGUUCCUUCGGCCAACGUCAAUUGGUACUGGAACGGAAAGCUACUGCUCAACAAUUCCCAGUUUAGUUCCUAUCAGCGAGUGUACGUAUACGAGCAGGGUAACUUUGAGAAGCGCAGCCGGCUGGUGCUGACCAAUGCCCUGGAUACGGACUCAAACGAAUUCUACUGCGUAGUAGAGAACCGGGCAGGCACGGCCGAGGCCAAUUUUACCCUGCAUGUGGUGAUGCGCGAUAUCGGAUUCGCCAUCGAAAACAAACAAAUCAUCGGCCUGAGUGCGGCCCUGGUGAUAUUGAUCCUAUUUAUAUUGCUGAUCAUACUCUUCCUGUUGGUCCGACUGCGGCGGAUACCGAUGCCGGACACGAAAACGCCGAACCAGGUCGAGGUGAUCACUUCUGUAAGUCCCUCUAGUAAUGUAAAUGGCAAGGUGAACACACCUAUUAAUGAUGUCCAUUCUCCAGAUCGAAAAAACUCCGCCGAUCUAAAGUGCGCCAAUCCGGUGCAGAAACCGCCCCGACUGACUGAUCUGCCCUACUCGACGUCCCAUUACGACGCCGGUGGCAGUUUGAUCGCAUCCGGAAACUGUUUCGUGUCGCCAACGCAUUCGUCCGCUGGGAACAACCCAGAUUUGAUCAACGACACGAAACGGCUCGGAAGUAUUGGUGAUCUGGCCGGUACCGGUGGGCUACUCGAUAACAAUAUCAUCAACAGCGCUGCAAGUGGAUCGCUGUCGGCCAAUGUGGCCAAUGCGCUCAAUACUCUCUCGCUGAUGGAUCCCAUCGAGCGACCGGGCAGUGGCGAGUACAGUCGGGCUGGCUGUGAUUCGCUGUAUCCUUCCGGUCUGUGGGAAACGCACAGCUCCAAUCUAACGUCGGCGUUGGAGCAGACGAGUGAUAUGCUGCUGGCGCGAGCUCCCGGUCCCACGAUCGCUAGCGGAGGCUACACGGCAUAUUCGGACAAGAUCCCCAUCAUCGGUGCUAACAACAAUAUGAUGAACUUGGACGACGAAACCUCUUCGGUGGACUAUCUGAGUCGGACGUUUCCGCGGACUCACUUCGGUGGCAGCGGUACGAUCGGUGUUGCUGGCGGAGGAAGCAGCAGUGGUUCCAACGUGACAGGUGCCGUAGGGGGAACCACCACUGCCGUCAAUAUCGGCAGUACCAACGCAACCAGCGGCGGUGGCUAUCCCUCCGACUAUGGGCUGCCCAUUGUGCCCGGAGCGGAGCAGUUGCACAACAAACUCAGCAGUAUACAGCCGGCACACCACGGCAGCACCGGAAGCAUGCCGAUGAAUGCAAAAACCCUGCGUGUGUGGCAGAAAGGUGGCGUACCGGUGCUGCCCCCAGUGACGGCCUUGAAACGUGCAUUAUCCAACAGUCGGAACUCCCCAGACGAGGGCUACCAGGAAGGAUGCGGUACUGAUGUGUAGUCAAUUUUUUAAAGUUUUUGUUUUCGAAUGUGCAGUUUUAAGCGCGAAGGUGCAGAACGAACGAACGAUUGUUACAUUUAUUUUGUAUACACAUUUAUCACACACACACACAUACAUACCCACACACAGAGGUACACGCCUGCGGUUGUUUGAUUACAAUUCUCCUGGAAGGUCGAACGAAAGCAAGAGAGAGGGUUUUCACCAAGUUUUCCUUAUCGGGGUUGUCGACUGAGUAUAACUAGUAAAUGUUGUAAACACAAAUGAUAAUGAAGACAGCGCUGUGUAGGUACGAGUGAAAUGCAGGAAGCGGAAGCGAAUGGGCGCACGAGAGGACACCUUCGGAAAAGGUAAUCCUGUUCGGAAUGAAAAAAGACUUGUAAUUUAAUUAUUAAUGAAAAUGGUAAUUAAUUAGGUGUACAGAACAGAAAACUAGUUUAUAUAAUUAUAGCGAAGGAAUAAAUUAUAUAUACACAUUAAAAAAAAAAACAAAAACAAGAAGAAAAACAGAAAAGUAUAUAAAUGGUUAAAUUGAAAAAAUCGAAAAAUUAAGGAAAAAAAAGCUAGGCUAGUUUUAUAUAUGAAAAAGCAGAAAAUGGAAAACUUGUAAAAAGUUAAUUUAAAAUAAAUGCAAAAGCGGUAAAAAGCUGGAGAAAAUGAAAAAAACCAAAGACUUUGAAACUAAACGAAGAAUUUUCUUCCGGAUCUGCAUGUCGCUCGAAGAAGGACGAAGCAAUGAGAGAUGCGAGAGUUGUAAUACAAGUUCUGUGCAAACGAGAGAAA